AUGGAAAAGAAAAUUACAAUAAUUACACAAGGAACGGAUCUUAAGAAUUCAACAAAAAAUACUAAGUCCACUUCUGCAGAAACGAAGACAAUAGGGUUGUCAAAUGGGAAUGCAAAGGGUAGUGCCUCCUCAUCACGUUCUAGUCCAAUUAUUGGUUCGAAACGUUUGAGCGGAUCUCCGGUGCCAUUAUAUGAUGAUCCAACUGUUAAUGCUUCAGUUAACGCUUCAGUUAAUGCUUCAGUAACAGUCAGUAAAGAAGAUUCUAAAAAAGCCACAAAAACUUCAAAUACUACGAAAUCCACUGUAACAAAAUCAUCACAAAACAUCAAUUCUCCUUCAAAAAGGACUUCACGGGUCAUGUCUGUGAUUCCCGAUGCAUCUAAAACAUCACCUACACCGCCCUUCAAGUCGCGCACUUUACCAUUACCUACACAAAAUGGAUUGAAAUUUAACUCAUCGAUUUCGGAAUCUUUUACUUCUGACCCAAUCUCAACGAUUUUUGAAGAUAAAGUACAAAGGUUAUCCCCGUCAAACACUUUCUCAGAAGUGGACGCCUUAAAAUCAGUUAGCGUCAAAACCACAAUUGCCACAUUUGAAAAGAACACGACACAAGGUGGUAACUUUCCAGAAUCAACUAGUGAAACUUCGCCAACAUCAACAAGUCUUACUGUCACGGAUACAAAUUUAGAAUAUAUGGAUAUGGAACAAUUAGAACGUUUGUUCCUUAGCGGAUCACGAUCUCCAUCGAUAGUAUCAAAUUAUUCAUCAAAUGUACCCUGGAAGUCAGAUGUUCCUUUCGAGUUAUCUGAAGUAUCUUGGAAAGAUAAAGAUAAUGAUAAUGUGGAUAGUAAUACUCACGGAGUGUCAGUAGCGACGAAUCAUCAUUCUACUGAUCCAGAUGAACAGUUACGAAUGGGUUUGUCUAUGAUACAAGAAGCUUACAAUCGUAAAUAUUUGACAGCGUCCGCUAGUUUAUGGAACGGUGAAAAAGGAAAGCAAAAUAAGAAUAAAAGUGAAAUCGCUCAACUUAAUCAAAAAAUUCGUGAAUUGAGUGAAGCUCUUAUCAAGGAAGAGGCAGAAAAGAAUAUGUUGUUAAUUUCCAAGAAUACAAUAACGGACCGAUAUAAUAAAUUAUGGAAUGAGCAUCGAAAUUGUACAAAUAAGUCAGCAGGCGUGGGAACUAGUAAUAGCAUAAUUACAGUUAUUAAUAACGGUAAACAAGAAAUACGGAAUUAUCUAAAGACACUUGAACCUGAAGAGAGACAAGCUCAAUUAGCUGAAUUUCUUGAAUGUUGUCAUCCACAUGACAUUCAUGCUCAACAAGCAAUAUUAGAACAUUAUGUUAAAACAACUUUUGACGUAGUUGGAACCCUUCCAAAUGAGUUAGCUACUAAAAUUCUUUUGAUGUUACCAGCCGAAAAUCUUUGUUGUGCUAGAGAAGUAUCAAGACGUUGGAGAGAAAUGGUUAAUGAACCAAAUCUUUGGAAAGCAAAAUGUUUAUCAGCUACUCAAGAUGAUCCUGUUCCUCUUUCAUAUCCUUCUGAUCCUAAACAAUGGGAAGAAGUUUAUCGUGGUCUUCAUUUUCGUGAACAUAAUUGGGUUCUUGGUAAAGUGCAGUCAGUUAAAUUCUUAAAAGGACAUACUGCAAAUGUUACUGCAUUAAAAUUGAAAAAGACUACAUUAGUUACUGGAAGUUAUGAUGAGACUGUACGAAUUUGGGAUAUGAGGAAUGGUAGGUGUAUGAAAAUUUUACAGGGAAAAGCUGUAAGUUGUGUUGAUUUCAUACUAGAAAUGAGGAUGGUUGCUGCUGGAUUUAAUGAGCAAGGGGCACUUGUUUGGCACAUGGAUUCGGGUGAAGUCCUAUUGACACUGACAGCACAUAAUCGCGGUAUCAAGGGAUUAUCAAUGAAUAAAAAAUAUAUAGUUACAGCUGGUCAUGAUAUGUCUGUCAUUGUGUGGGAUUUAAAAGAAGGAACGAAAUUGCAUACUUUCAGAGGAUUUGGUAAUAUGCUUCUUGGAAUUCAACUUUUGGGCGAUAAUAAUCUGAUAGCUAUAAAUAGUGAUGGCUGGAUUCGUACAUAUGCACUUGAAGAAAAACUCCAAAUUCAUCAAUACAAAAUCCCAGAUAAUUCUCAUAUUCAGUGGUUUUCUGCAUCAGGAAUGGAUGUAACAUGUUCAACAACUCGUACAAUAUAUCAACUUCGAUGGCAAAACAAAUACAUUAAAACGGGUAAAAAGACAAAAGGAAUAGAUGAAAUUAUAAUCGAACCAGAAUUAUCUAUGGACCCAUUGAUAAAACAGAAGGUUGCAUCAGAGGCAGAAAUAUUCUGUGGAACGACUGAUAAUACUAAAGAUAGAAUUAUUUUUAGUACAAGAUUUAAUAGCAGAACACAUAAUAAUAAAAGUAUAUACGUUUAUUCGCAAGAUAAGGGAAUUAAUAGGUUUGGAGGGUUGUGGGAAAGUAUGGCUGAUCAAAUGACCACAAACAACAUGGGACCUUUAUGUAUGGAUGCUGACCAUGAAAAAACCGUUAUUGGAUCAAUGAGUGGAUUGGUUUAUGUUUUAGGAUUUGUUGGAGAUAGAGAAUGA